CCUUUCUUCAUUCAAAACAUCCGUUAGCAUCCUUUGUUUUUAUUAACAGCCAUUCAAUCUGUAGACCCAUAGCUUACUUCCUCCAGCAUCCACUCGCUCAAGUAAUCUUAAAACCCCUUUCCACCAUAAUGCCAGUCUACAGAGAGAUUAGCCAAAACACAGAUACCUCACCAAUACCAACUGAAAUCUCAAUACAAUGGUCAUGUACCUGUCCGUUGGAGGGAGAUGGUUCCAUUCAAGACAUGAACACUAUAGCCACUACUACUACCUCCACCACCUCAACUACAGCUGCUCCAACAGAUAUACCCCCUAAUGCUAGUAGCUCGCCUUCACAACAAUAUUCCUCAACACAGUCCGAGGGGCAACAGGAAGAACAGCAUGAACAAGCACAAGAGGAAGAGCGAGAACAAGGGCAACCAGCAAAGAAACACGUUUUGACUUGUCUCCUUCAUUCUAGCAAUUCACCUGAUUUGCUGAAGCAGCAGUUGGCCAAGAAGAAGAGGAAAUUAGAGAUCGACCAACAACUGCGCAAGAAGAAGCAAUAUCAACCAAAGCGAUACGAUCCGUUUGAGCCUGUUCGUAUGCUUCCAUCCAGGACUUUUGACCUCUAUGCUGGAUCACAGUUUCGGGGAAUCCAACGAUCAGGAAGUAAUAGCUAUGAAGUCCUGGUUGAUAUCAAGCAUGUAGAUUUGGAGGCUUCGUUCUUGUGCGGAUAUUUGCGCAUCGAAGGUUUGACGGAUGAAUACCCAGAGUUGACGACAUAUUUCGAAGCAGAGAUCAUAGGUCCAAAGUUCUCAUUCAUUACACAAAAAUGGGAUGCCACAGAAUUGAUUGACGAGGAGCAUUGGUCUCUAUUCAAGCCAUUCGACUGUUUGGCAAGUUCUGUGUUUUAUGGCGUGGAUAUGCAUAGCCAUGAGGAUGAUAAUAACGAUGAGGAUGAUAGUAACUCAGUGCACUGUUCGCAUCAUCAUCACUAUGAUCCUCAUACAUAUGACCAUCAGAACGAGAGCGUAGUGUUUAUGCGAUGGAAGGAGCAUUUCCUCGUACCUGAUCAUCGAGUUCGAGGGAUUUCUGGAGCAAGCUUCGCUGGAUUUUAUUACAUCUGUUAUAGCAAGCUCACUGGUGAGAUUGAUGGAUACUACUAUCACCAGACGAGCGAAAAGCAUCAACAGUUGUUAUUGCAGCAUGUUGAUGACCGAUCCUUUGGCUUGUUUGAGUUCCGUUAGGUU